AUGAAGGUCAUCGCUGCUCUCGCUCUUUGGGUGGCCCUGUUCCACCAGGGAUACAGCAACACGCUGGACUCAUGCCGGGGUCGGUGUGGUUAUGGAACAGACAAUAAUUUCUCCUGUCAGUGUAACCCAUCCUGUGAGCGCUACAACGACUGCUGCUCCGACUACACCGCAGCGUGUAAAGCUGAAACAUCUUGUUCAGGCAGAUGUGGCGAGAAAUACAACUCCCAGAACAAGUGCCACUGCAACUCCAAGUGCGCCCAGUACAACAACUGCUGCAGCGACUUCACAGACCUCUGUGACAGUAACGGAGGAGGUGGUGUGAUCACUGAUGCCGACAUUAAGGCUGUCUCCGAGGUCCUUUAUGCUCUGGAUUCAAACAAGGCUUCAGCCUCAGAGUUGAUCCUCGAGCCCCAGGCUCUGAUUCCCGACUCCCAGACCAACUCUAAGUCAGACCUCUCCCCUCGACGCUUGUUCCAGUAUGUGGACGAGGGCACUCUGUUCUCCAGACCCACCUACGCUGCUCUCCUGGCCUUGCUGGACAACUACCACAGGAUGACCGGACAGACAGAGAACUUCACUCCUCAGCAGCUGGCUGAGCAAGACACCUUCCUCAGGGAGACCAUGUCCAACACGGAGCUGGGCCGAGAGCUGUUCGCUUUCCUCUACACCAAGGGCAUCUAUGCAUCAGAGGCAGAGUUCAUCCGGGACCUGAAGAUGAUGUGGUUUGGUCUGUACUCUCGCUACAACAAGAAGAUGGACUCCAGCGGCUUUGAGCACAUCUUUGCAGGAGAGAUCAAGGGAGGGAAGGUGUCUGGUUUCCACAACUGGAUCCAGUUUUAUCUCCUGGAGAAAAAAGGGCAGCUGAACUACUACAGCCACAGCUUCAAUGGGCCUUGGAUGGCCUACCCUGAUGUCAUGGGGAUGCAGUUCAUGUGGGAGGGAUACUUCAAGCAGGUCGGUUCUGCAAUCAUUGGCUGUAGCCCUGAAUUUGACUUGGCCAUGUACAGCCUCUGCUACAUCACUCGCCCCGGAAAACAGUGUCGUCUGAGCCUGGGAGGGAAGGAGCUCAUCAUCCAAACUUACACCUGGGAAAAUUCUUUCUACAGUAAUGGGAAGAAGUUCAUCGCCUCUGCCUUUCCUGCAACCCCGAACUAA